GGAGGCAGCAUCCCGGAGGGAGGGACUGUAUGAGCAAGAAUCCUGAAGGAUGCAGAAGAAUUUGCUGGGCACAGAAGAAAAAGGACAGUGUGGACAGAGGGAACAGCUUGUGCUAAAGCUUAGAGGCAAGAGAGAGAAGUUUGCGGAGCCCUGAGUGGUUGAGGGACUCCCACCUCCACCCCAGGGUAGAUGGAGGCCCCCAUGUUGGAAUCCUGCCCUGAAUUAAAUCAGCCAUGUGUUGCUUUGCACCUCAGUUUCUUCCUCUUUAGGGGAUGGUAGUAAUAUCAAAGGCACGGGGUGUGUGAGGAGUAAUGACUCAUCAUGUAGAGAGUUUGCUGUAGUCCUAAUACAGAGUCCACGUUUAUUUAUUCAGUCUUUUGAGGGUUCUGUUUGUUCAGUGUCUGCCUCCCACCCGAAGGCUAAUUUCCCAAGGUGGGUACCCUCUCUGGCUGGCUGCACCCAGCUCCAGCCAGUGCACGGUUAUUCACGUAGUCGAGAAUGUUUCUUGAUAAUUGGCUGUGCCAGGUACAGUGUGGGGUGCUGGGGACACAGUGGCAACCAAGAGCUGGAGUUCACAGUCGGGGGCAGACAAUUAACAGACUGAAUAAGUGAGCAGGCUGAAUUGAGAUGAUGAGACGGGGAGACUGGGCUUUGGGGAGCCCCUCCAGGCUGGUCCCCAGGGGAGGAGGAGCGGUUGAGCAGAGAGAGGUGAUUCAGUUAUGCUGGGGCUGUGGAAGGACAUUCCAGCCAGAGGGGACAGCAGGUGCAGAGGCCUUGAUGCGGGCAUGUAGCUGGUGAGCUUCAGGAAGGGAUGAAAGGAGGCAGGGAUGGUUGGAGAGGAGGGCGUGACGGCGACCACACCAGGGGCCGGGGCUCCAAGCACCACCCCCCACUCUGGUCGGAGCACGCCAAGCAGCUCCCCAUCUCUCCGGAAGCGGCUGCAGCUCUUGCCCCCAAGCCGACCCCCGCCUGAGCCGGAACCAGGCACCAUGGUGGAGAAGGGCUCAGACAGCUCCUCAGAGAAGGGUGGGGUGCCGGGGACACCCAGCAUCCAGAGCCUGGGCAGCCGGAACUUCAUCCGCAACAGCAAGAAGAUGCAGAGCUGGUACAGCAUGCUGAGCCCCACGUACAAACAGCGGAACGAGGACUUCCGGAAGCUGUUCAACAAACUCCCUGAAGCCGAACGCCUCAUUGUGGAUUACUCCUGUGCCUUGCAGCGCGAGAUCCUCCUCCAGGGCCGCCUCUAUCUCUCCGAGAACUGGAUCUGCUUCUACAGCAACAUCUUCCGCUGGGAGACAACAAUUUCCAUCCAGUUGAAGGAAGUGACGUGUCUGAAGAAGGAAAAGACGGCCAAGCUGAUCCCCAACGCCAUCCAGAUCUGCACGGAGAGCGAGAAGCACUUCUUCACCUCCUUCGGGGCCCGGGACCGCUGCUUCCUCCUCAUCUUCCGCCUCUGGCAAAAUGCGCUGCUUGAAAAGACGCUGAGUCCCCGCGAGCUCUGGCACCUGGUGCAUCAGUGUUACGGCUCAGAGCUGGGCCUCACCAGCGAGGAUGAGGACUACGUCUGCCCCUUGCAGCUGAAUGGUCUAGGGAGCCCCAAGGAAGUGGGAGACGAAAUCGCCCUGAGUGACAUCACCCCCUCGGGGGCGGCUAACCACAGCCAGGAGCCAAGCCCAGCAGGUUCUCGCCGUGGCCGCAUCACCCCCAACCUCUCCCAGGCCAGCAGUGAUGCAGACCAUGGGGCAGAGGAGGACAAGGAGGAGCAGACAGACAGCCAACCAGAUGCCUCCUCCAGCCAGACAGUGACCCCAGUGGCUGAACCCCCGAGCGCAGAGCCCACCCCACCUGACGGGCCCACCUCCCUGGGUCCCUUGGAUCUGCUGCCCAGUGAGGAGCUGUUGACGGACACAAGUAACUCCUCCUCGUCCACGGGGGAGGAAGCCGACCUGGCGGCCCUGCUUCCCGACCUCUCCGGCCGGCUCCUCAUCAACUCCGUCUUCCACGUGGGGGCCGAGCGGCUCCAGCAGAUGCUCUUCUCAGACUCGCCCUUCCUGCAGGGCUUUCUGCAGCAGUGCAAGUUCACAGACGUGACCUUGAGCCCAUGGAGCGGGGACAGCAAGUGCCACCAGCGCCGAGUGCUGACCUACACCAUUCCCAUCAGCAACCCACUGGGGCCCAAGAGCGCCUCGGUGGUGGAGACGCAGACACUGUUCCGGCGCGGCCCACAGGCAGGUGGGUGUGUGGUGGACUCAGAGGUGCUGACGCAGGGCAUCCCUUACCAGGACUACUUCUACACUGCCCACCGCUACUGCAUCCUGGGCCUCGCCCGGAACAAGGCCCGUCUCCGGGUGUCCUCCGAGAUCCGCUACCGGAAGCAGCCCUGGAGCCUCGUGAAGUCUCUCAUUGAGAAGAACUCGUGGAGCGGCAUCGAGGACUACUUCCACCACCUGGAGCGAGAGCUCGCCAAGGCUGAGAAGCUGUCUCUGGAGGAAGGCGGGAAGGAUGCCCGGGGGCUGCUGUCCGGUCUGCGGAGGCGGAAGCGGCCCCUGAGCUGGAGGGGUCAUGGUGAUGGGCCCCAGCACCCGGACCCUGACCCCUGCGCCCGGGCUGGCAUGCACACCUCAGGCUCCCUCAGCUCCCGCUUCUCGGAACCAUCAGUGGACCAGGGCCCGGGGGCAGGCAUCCCCAGCGCCCUGGUUCUCAUCAGCAUUGUCCUCAUCAUCCUCAUCGCCCUCAAUGUCCUCCUCUUUUACCGCCUCUGGUCCCUUGAGAGGACAGCUCACACUUUCGAGUCCUGGCACAGUCUGGCCCUGGCCAAGGGCAAGUUUCCCCAGACGGCCACCGAGUGGGCGGAGAUCCUGGCCCUGCAGAAGCAGUUCCACAGCGUCGAGGUACACAAGUGGAGGCAGAUCCUGCGGGCUUCUGUGGAGCUCCUGGACGAGAUGAAGUUCUCGCUGGAGAAGCUGCAUCAAGGCAUCACCGUCUCAGAGCCUCCCUUCGACUCCCAGCCACAGCCUGACGACAGCUUCUCCUGAGGACACCUGGCCACGUGGCCGUCCCCCUAAAUGGACAGAUGGACACAGAGGCUCGGUGGCCACUGCUGGCACGGUGUGAGCACCGGGAGCCUCCCGCCCACCCCUCCCAGUGGCCCGGCCAGGGGGCCACGCAGACACGGGGACCACGGAACCGAGCUGCACUUUAGACCAGCAUGUGCGAGCCCAGCUGCCAUCGCCUGCCCAGCCACCAGCCAGGGAGCUGGCCCGGCCUUCGGCAGGCCCUCUGCUAACUUAUUUUGCCCAACUGGGGUUGUGGGGGGCGCCUCCCAGGGUGCACGAUUCCCUCAGCUCUGGGUUUAAUGUAUUAUAUUUAUUUGGGGCUGACAGGGCCCCAAUAAAGGGUUGGAAAUGGC